UGGUAAUACCGGGAAUGUUUUCAUUUUCAGGCUUUAGGAAUGAUCCUCUAACAUUAGGCUACGCAAGAGGUGGUGCAGGUGACACAGGUGCGCACAGGUAGACUUCCACAACGUGUCUAUGAAUGAAAUCUGUAGACAAGUGUGUGGAGACACAUUUUGCAAGUACUAGCUAGCUGCUUGAUCUGAUCCGAUUUAUGUUCAUUGCCGUGAUUUCAUUCAGAAGUAGCCUAUAGUGAUGGGCGAGAGCCGUACAUCAAGCCAGUCACGAUCUUCCUCCGUGGUAUGAUUCGCAAGUAAUGUGGACAAGCUUCAUCCAGGUUGAUAAAUCGACACAGAUGACGCAUUCAUUUAUUUUCUUUCCAAGCCUUGUGGUAAGAAAACUCUCAAGGGGAUGUUUUAUUGUGAUCAAUUAAAAAAUAGCUUACAUUUCCCACAUGCCUCCGUUUUCAUCUUUACGCGAAUCCUAUCAUGCGCAAAUGAGCCAGAUUCGAUGGGGCAGGCGCCGGUGUAACCUAUGACAGGCAGCGAAUGACAAAUCAAAGGUCAGCAUUUCUGUGAUCAGCUGGGUUCCCUACUGUACCACAGCUGAAAACAGCGCUCUCGAGAGAAUGAAAGACUGCGCUCUCCAAGUUGGUCGAAAGCAGCGGAGACUUCAAUAACGGGGGGAGAGGCGGCGGCCCAUUCGGCGGCAGCUUGACGGCGGUUACCCUCGGCUCCAAGGCAGGCCCAGCGCGACCGGACGACUACAGCACCAUGGACAGCUCAGAUAUGGAUGCCAACUAUGGGGGAGGGCUCCUAGACAUGGUUAAGGGUGGAGCUGGGAAGUUCUUCAGCAACUUCAAGGAUAACCUGAAGGAUACCAUCAAAGACACCUCCAGUAAAGUCAUGCAUCAGGUGGCCACGUACACCAAAGGGGAGCUGGACAUUGCUUACAUCACUUCACGAAUCAUAGUGAUGACGUAUCCUUCGUCCGCUGUGGAGAUGGGUUAUGCCAACCACGUGGAGGACAUGCGCUCCUUCCUGGACUCACGACAUGCUGACCACUACACUGUCUUCAACCUGUCACAGAGGAACUACCGCGGAGCCAAAUUCUCCAACAGGGUUUCUGAAUGCAACUGGCCUUCCAAACAAGCCCCUAGUCUCCACAACCUCUUUGCUGUCUGUAAGAACAUGCACAACUGGCUCAAACAGAACCCCAAGAAUGUGUGUGUCAUUACCUGCUCGGAUGGCAGAGCUCCAUCAGGUGUGCUGGUCUGUGCCAUGUUCUGUUUCUGCCACCUCUUCGCCAACCCCGUGCCCGCCAUGCAACUGCUCAGCGCCAAGAGACCCGGCUCAGGCCUGUGGCCUUCUCACAGAAGGUACAUUGGUUAUGUGUGCAGCAUGGUGUCUGAGAAGCCCAUCAUCCCCCACUUCAAGCCUCUGACCAUCAAAGCGGUGACGGUCAGUCCAGUGCCCUGCUUCAACAAGCAACGCAGUGGCUGCCGGCCCUUCUGUGACAUCCUCCUCGGAGAGACUAAGAUCUUCUCCACAGCGCAGGACUAUGAGAGGAUGAGAGAAUAUCGUGUCCAGGAGGCCAAAGUGGUGUUCAACCUGGGCGUGAGUGUCCAGGGUGAUGUGGUGGUGUCCGUCUAUCACAUGAGGUCCACCAUUGGAGGAAGACUGCAAGCGAAGGUGAGCAACACACAGAUAUUCCAGAUUCAGUUCCACACUGGGUUCAUCGCACCUGGGAUGACCGUUCUGAAAUUCAUGAAGCCUGAGCUGGACACGUGUGAGUCUCCAGACAAGUACCCGCAGCUCUUCCACGUGCUGGUGGACGUGGAGGUGGAGGGCACUGAGAAACAGAAGGACCUGACGCCGCCCUGGGAGCAGUUUCCCACCAGAGACCUGACCCCCACUGUCCUCUUCUCAUCGCAGCAGGAGCAUCAGCAGGCACUGGCCAUUGCAGAUGAAAUGGAGGGCCUGGACUUGGAAGACCCGAGUCAUGCUGGUGGUCCAGAUGGUCGGAGGGGUCCUCAUGAGGAGAGCGAGCCUUCGGAUGACGAGAUGCUGUCUCUGUCCAGCCAGCAGAGCAACGCUAGCAACGAGAGGCCCAGCGGCGCGCAGGCCACCCCUCCCAAGAGGCCUGACGCUCCCCCCUCAGGGCCGCCCCCCCGCCCUGCCGAGGACGUGGACCUCCUGGGCCUGGAUGGUGAGGCGGGGGAGCCCCCUUGCUCGUCCCCACAGCCCCCCGCUGCCAACACCCAGGACCUGCUGGGGGACCUGUUUGGAGGGCCUCCAGUGACCCAGCCCACCAGCGCCCCGGCCUCCGCCCAGUCCACCCCUCGCCGGACUGUCCUCUCGCCCGGCGCCACGGCACAGCCGGCUGCCCCCUUUGUCCCAGGCUUUGGGUCGGGACCAGCGCCCCAGGCCAAGCCCCAGGACUUCAUGGGCGGGUUCCUGGGUCCAGGUAAUAUGGGGCAGCCUGACCCCUUCCUGCAUGCUGCACGGUCGCCAUCUCCUACAAUGCAGAACGCAGGCAUGGGUCGGAGUUCACCAGUGCCGCCCUCCACGCCCACCGUCAACGUCCAGCAGCAGAACGCCAUGGGGGGCUGGGACUGGAACAGGGCAGCGGGGCAAGGAGGAGGCUUUGGCAUGGGCAGUAAGUCUGCCACGACCAGCCCCACAGGCUCUGUCCACAGCACGCCCACCCACCAGGCCAAGCCCAACACUCUGGACCCCUUCGCUGACCUGGGCAAUCUGGGGUCAGGCCUAGGAGGUGGCUCAGGUUUCUCCAGUAAACCCACCACACCAACAGGCACUGGAGGUGGCUUACCACCCAUGGGCUCUCCUCAGCGGCCCUCUCCCCAGCACACGGCUGGAGGAGGCUGGCAGCCCAGCCCCGGCUUCCCCUCCUGGCAGCCUGGAGGUGGGGGACAGUGGCAGGGGCAGCCCCCCUCCCAGCCCAAGCCACCCGGGCCAUCCAUGCCCCACACAUCGCCCCAGAACCGACCCAACUACAACGUCAGCUUCUCCAGCAUGGGCGGCACCCCGCCUGGAGGUUCCACCAAGCCACAGCCUAACAUGGGGACCAAACCGAAAGUGGCAACCGCCAAUUUUGAUGACCUGCUGUCUGGCCAGGGCUUCUCUGGAGCGAAGGAGAAGAAGGGGCCAAGGACCAUCGCCGAGAUGAGGAAGGAGGAGAUGGCUAAAGAGAUGGAUCCCGAAAAGCUCAAGAUCCUAGAGUGGAUCGAGGGGAAGGAGCGGAAUAUCCGAGCCCUGCUGUCCACCAUGCAUACGGUGCUGUGGGAGGGGGAGACCCGCUGGAAGCCCGUGGGCAUGGCUGACCUUGUGACCCCGGAACAGGUGAAGAAGGUCUACCGGAAGGCCGUCCUGGUGGUCCAUCCUGACAAGGCUACUGGGCAACCCUAUGAACAAUAUGCCAAGAUGAUUUUUAUGGAACUGAAUGAUGCAUGGUCAGAGUUUGACAGCCAAGGACAGAAACCUCUGUACUGAGCUGCUGGAGGAGAAGACAUACAGUACACCUUCUGCCUCCAUGUGCAACACUGGAAUCAAUACUCCCCACUGAUCUCCCCCAGCCCCCAGGAUCAUUAAUGUGACCCCCCCACCCAGCCACUCUCCUCCCGCCCUCCAGCCCCUACACUCCGCCUUUGUCGUCUGCAGUCCCAUGGGGAAAACCAACCUGAUACCUGUCCACUCAUCUCAGUGUAGCCCAGCUGUCCAUGUACCUGGUGCAAACUCUGUCCACUCAUCUCAGUGUAGCCCAGCUGUCCAUGUACCUGGUGCAAACUCUGUCCACUCAUCUCAGUGUAGCCCAGCUGUCCAUGUACCUGGUGCAAACUCUGUCCACUCAUCUCAGUGUAGCCCAGCUGUCCAUGUACCUGGUGCAAACUCUGUCCACUCAUCUCAGUGUAGCCCAGCUGUCCAUGUAUUUGGUGCAAACUCUGUCAAACAAGAACUCUUUUGUGUUUUUGUAAAACAUGCCGUUGUGAGGAACUCUCUUUAACAGGACACCAGAGAAGAGCACCGACCUGAACACGAGUGCACUCCGUCAUAUCAGGCCUGAACACGAGUGCACUCCGUCAUAUCAGGCCUGAACACGAGUGCACUCCAAGUCAUAUCAGGCCUGAACACGAGUGCACUCCAAGUCAUAUCAGGCCUGAACACGAGUGCACUCCGUCAUAUCAGGCCUGAACACGAGUGCACUCCGUCAUAUCAGGCCUGAACACGAGUGCACUCCAAGUCAUAUCAGGCCUGAACACGAGUGCACUCCAAGUCAUAUCAGGCCUGAACACGAGUGCACUCCGUCAUAUCAGGCCUGAACACGAGUGCACUCCAAGUCAUAUCAGGCCUGAACACGAGUGCACUCCAAGUCAUAUCAGGCCAGGGCCUCAGCAUAUACACAGUUUAUAUAUACUGUAUGUGGUCGUUACUGGUAUAAAAACAUAUAUUAAAUACCUAAGUGAUAAAACAGAAAAUACUAAUGCAGUAUUUCUAACAAAUUCUGGAUGUUGUGGUUUUGGAAUGUGGAAAUUUGGGUUCACUAAUAGCUAAGGUCCUCUAAACAUUAACAAGAAUAUGACAAAAGUUUAAAAUGAUAUAUAUGUUAGAUAAGUAUUUGUGCAGGUGUGUAUGACAAAUAAUGUUAUCAAUGUUAAAAAAAAACACACUCAAACAGUGAUAGUAAAAAGGGAUUAUAUUGUACAUUUUGGUAAGGUACAAAAACAAAGAAAAUAAACAUUGUGAUAAAAAGGUGGCUCUGAAGAGAAUAGUUAAUUAUCUACUCAGCUUCAAGCCAGUAGAACUCAUCUAAUUCUUUUUUUUUGUUCAGUAGAAGUAAGAUUGGCCCACUAGAAGGCAUUCUACAGUGUACAGAGUGAAUGGAGCUCUCUCUGAUCCCUACUGUGCUACUGUAUUCUGUGCUCCAAACACAUCUAGGGUGACUAUAAGCAUGAGGUUGAGUAGAUAAUACUAGCUGUUUCAUUUCUGGGUGAAGUAUGUCUUCAAAAGAUCAGUACUUGUCUAGCACAGAUGAUGAUCAUUGCCAAGUUAUGAACAAAAGCCUAAUAGAAAAAUGAAGCUUGCUGCAAGUUAUGGCAAGGGAGCAAUAUGUGUUAUGGCCUUCUGAUGAUCAAACACAACCUGUAUAUAUGUGUCCCUGUUUCUUAACACAAAAUAACUGAAAAAGCACAACAUGCUAUGUGAGUAAGUGGGUGGGAAACAGAAUUCUGAGUGAGUACAUGUCUGACUGCCUUGAAGUUCACAUACUUGUACAGUACUUUGUAUGUUUCAGAACAUCCCAUACAGUAAAUGUUUUUUUUUUCCCUUUAUUUUACCCAUAUCUGAAAACACAUCUGUGAGUUUGAAACGUAUUAUACUGUGGCAAUGAUCUUGUUUACACAAAAAAUUGUAGCACUGAAGAAUGUCUUAAAAGAGUGUGUAAAUGCAUAAUUACCAUUUACCUGUGACUAAUGAGUCAGUAUGAAGAUGCAGAUAUGACAAGAUGCAGUUGUUUACUUUAUUGGGUCUGUCAGUGUCCUAACUCAUGAUUGUGAUGUGCUUGUGUUUACUUUUUAUGUUUUUAAGUUAUUCAUGUGUCCUCUCAAACUGUCCAUGCAUGUGUAGCAAAGAGUACAUACUGUGCAUUAGAAAUUCUGCAUUGAAAAAGUUUAGUUCUAUUUUCUUUGUCCUGCUCUUUUCUUUCUUUCAGUCUGGUUUCUGUCACUGGGGAUUACUGUCUCUUUAUGGCACUAAAAUGAAGGACAUCAAGUGUGCUCCUGUAUGGUCAUAGUGAACAUCUGUACCUGUCUCUUAGCUUAUGAUGAGACAAUGGAUGGCACUCACUGGACAAAUUUCACCAUAUAAAUAUCAACUUGGUACAUUAUUCCAGUUUCUAAAUUUAAUUUGAAACAUAUUCAUAUGUCUUGAGUCAUCAUAUCAUAUCAUAUCAUAUCAUAUGCGAUUUCAAAUUGAAAGAGCACCCUGAAGUGUCAUGGAGCCAGCCUUUCUUAUCGUAGGCUUGCCAUCAGCUCACUGGGAAGGAAGCUAUUUUACCCUCCAUGAGUUAAACGUUUGCGCAAGAUAAUGGUGACUUGUCUCCCACUUACUCAGAACUGUAUGGACUGAUUCUUGGAAAAAAGUUGAAAGACAAAAAAGUUACGACCAAACCUUCCAGUGUUUCUGCUUGGCCACGCAAGAUGGAGUGGAUUCUGUCUUCUUUUCUCUCUGGCUUUCUGUCUGCUACACUGGGGUGUUUGCUCUCACAGUCUCUGCUAACUCCCAUUGCCCCCCAAAACUGGUCACCUCGUCUGGGGGCAACACCCCUACUCCCUCCUCUGCCCCUGCCUGCCCUGUGGACUAGCCUGAGUUCAUGGACAUUACAACAAAAGACUUGGGCUCAUAAUAACGCUGCACUGUCUUAAGACUUGACUGAAUCGUUCCCUGAACACUCGUCCAUAAUAAUGACCCCUUCUCCCCCCUCCCCAACCCCCAUUACAGCAAUUCCCCACCUUCUAUGAGCUAAGCUGUCUAUCUGAUAUUUCUGGUCUUAAGGCUAUCAUAAUGUUUAAAUACAAGCUAACCUCUGUGUAGUGGAUGUGUGCUCUUGACAAGCGUUCUGUAUGUGAGAAAGUGGUAAGGUUUGGAUACAGCUUUGUGUAUUGCCUGUCUGCUGUACAAGCACUACUAAACCCGUGGAUUCUGUUCUCUGUGUUCCCCCUCUGGUUCUUCUUCCUUUGGCCUCCUGUACAUAUUGUAUGUUCAUGUGCAUCGCACAAAUAAACGAGAAGAGAGCGAAGAGAAGAAGAACUGAGAAACCCUA